AUGGAACCUACCCAGACUUCGGCUUUCUCACCUGGGCUUGCGGACACGCCUUCGACCAUCACAAAAACGGUCUUCGGUUGCGUUGCCCUGCUUUCCAGUGGGGCCUUCGGCGUCUAUGGGCCCGCCGAACCCUUUGGCACACUCUCUCGCUUACCUCUCAUUAUGGCCUGGACCUGGAUCAAUCUCCUCGGCGAAGUAGUUGCCAACCAACGACGCGCGGGCUCCAUUAUUGAGGAUACUAUCAACAAGCCUUGGAGACCGCUUCCGAGCAAGAGACUGACACCGGACGAAGCAAGACACCUACUCCUAUGGAUCCUGCCCUCAAGCUACCUAGCUGGUGUGGUACUCGGGGGGUCCGACGCUUCUGUCGCCCUGAUGGUAUUCUCGUACAUGUACAACGACCUUGGCGGGGCAAACGAGAAUUGGCUCCUCAGAAAUCUCCUCAAUGCCUGCGGAUUGUCCUCUUUCAGCUUCGGCGCUGCUCAAGUGGCCUGGGGGCCGCGAUCCACCCUCAGUAAAACCGUCUAUGCAUGGAUUGCAAUCCUGGCUGCCGUUAUAUCUUCGACCGUUCAGCUGCAGGAUCUCCCGGAUAUCGAAGGCGAUAAAGCAAGAGGUCGCAGAACCAUGCCGCUUAUUUACGGCGACACUCCUGUUCGCUGGUCGGUCUGCAUCCCCGCUCUGUUUUGGUCUUUCUAUUGCCCAUUUUACUGGAACCUGGAUCUAUUUGGAUACCUCCCUUCACUUUUGCUUGGUUCCAUCAUUGCCGCCCGCACUUUGAUUGCAAGAUACAGUGAGGCCGACGCAGUGACUUGGAAAUUGUGGUGUGCGUGGAUGGGUAUUUUGUACCUGCUUCCUUUGCUCGCGCACCGUCGUAACUGA